CAUGCCUGAGCACGGUAUACUUCGAGUCUCGGCUACUGUCGUUCUAUCUCGCUCUUGAACAACCAAUCAUCGUGUGCCUGAAUAUUCCUUUCUCUGUCGCGCUAUCGUGUGUUGCGAGUGUUUUGCGAAGUGACCGUAAGGUGGCGACGCAGUCGGCCCAAGAUGGCCACGCUGGAUCAAUGAAACUGUAAAUGGACCAUGGGGAAGGACCAGGAGCUGCUGGAGGCAGCGAGAAGCGGAAAUGUCACCGUGGUCGAGAAGAUUUUGGGUCAACGAGCGAAGAGGAGUGGUCCACUGGCAAGCCUGCGGCGGGGUCCGGGAGCUAAUGUGCAAGAUGCCAGUGGUUAUUCAGCCCUUCAUCAUGCAGCUUUGAACGGACACAAGGAGGUGGUAAAGUUAUUGCUCCAAUAUGAGGCUUCCACUAACGUCGUCGACGCUAAAGGCUCUUCUCCGCUUCAUUUGGCAGCUUGGGCGGGCGACGCUGAAAUCGUGCGGUUAAUUCUUACCCAAGGACCCUCCGUACCUAAAGUGAAUCUUACGACGAAGGACAACGAAACAGCGUUGCACUGUGCGGCACAGUAUGGGCACACGGAAGUGGUGGCACAGCUGCUGCAAUACGGAUGCGACCCCAGCAUCCGCAACAGCCGGGGAGAAUCCGCGCUGGAUCUCGCCGCACAAUAUGGCAGGUUGGAAACCGUGCAUUUGCUCGUUAGCACGUAUCCAGAACUGAUCGUGCCCCUCCGGAAUUCUUCCUCGUCGGUGAUUUUUCCUCACACACCGCUGCAUCUGGCUUCGCGAAAUGGUCACAGAGCUGUGGUGGAGGUGUUGCUGGCGGCGGGCGUCGACGUGAACACGAGGACGUCCGCGGGAACCGCGAUGCACGAGGCGGCACUCUGCGGCAAGAUGGAAGUGGUGCGGGCACUCCUGGACAGAGGGGUCGACCUGGGCAUCCGGGACUCGCGACAGAACACGGUGCUCGAUCUUCUGGGACAGUUCCCGCCGCACGUCACUCAGGACAUCACCGCCGUGAUAAAAAGGCACAGAUCUUCCUCUGGCGUGGAGAGCGAUGCCGACAGCGAGAACUUGCCACCGAUUCCGGUCCAAGGGAACGAUUCAUUGGGCAGCCCUUACGAGAACGUUCGCCCAGGGGAUGAUCUCUCCCCGGCGGAAGGGACAUCGCCCACUCAAUGGCAGUUCUAUCACAAGCCUCGGGACGAUGAUCGCCGUGUUUCCGGCACUUCCGUUAUGUCUUUUGAAGACGAGCAGAAUGGGGGACCGACAGUGAACGGUGUACGGAGGACCCUCCAGCAGACAGAGGACUCCGACCCCAGUUCAGUCUUCGACAGCGUCUUUAUGUCUAUGUCCGACACUCUGAACUCGAUAAAUACACUCGAAAGUUCCGAUCAGACUCCCGACGACAAACCACAAAACACUACCACCGACAGAAUACCAUUAACACAGCGCGAUACCACACGGGGUUCCGACAGCGGAUUGUACCAAACGCCACCGGUACCUCGUGGAACAAUGGAGGGUAGCUUCGUGUCGGAGGAUCUGUCCUUGACAUUACCCACGGGAUACGGGGGUGGCAGGGAGUCGGACCAAUUGAGCGUUUCCUCGUCCUCGAGCGUCGGUGGACCGAGCCCGCGGGACCGGCGUUGUUUGCCCAACGAUUCCAGCGCCGCCGGGAUUUACUUGCCAAUGGCACCCUUGUCCAGUUCUCUCCACAGCCCCGCCUCCAACAGUAAAGUCUCGCCAACACCACCAAAAAAACCACCGAGGCGCAACUUGUCUGUCUCACCAACGCAUCUACAGACCCAAAUGUCCUUAUCAGCGGAUUGCACUUUGGGCCCUAGCAAUUACGAAUAUCUGUUCAUGGCGCGCAGCGGCGCUCGUAGUCACAUUGACUUGGAACAGUUGCAGAAACGUCGUGAACAAUUGCGUCACGUAACCAGAAGUGUGGACCAAUAUGUAGAGAUGAAGUCUCGCGUGCCGGAUGGCGAGGAAAGACGUGAAACCAAUGUGGAACCAGUCGCCAUCACUUCCAUCUACGAGAACAGACCGAUCAAGACGUUGAAUCCUCGACGAAAAUUACGUAGACACGCGUUUGAGAAUUACGAGCAGGAGAGUAGCCCAUGCGUGGACAAAUCACCGUGCAGCGAGACCGAUUCAUUCGUCCAGGAACCAGUAUUCGUGUCAAACGCGUUCCUGACACUCAAAUCUUCCCAGGAGAGUCUUUUGGACGAUAAACGCGAUGCCAUUGACGAGCAUUCUACACCGGAUGGCCGCGAGGCGACUGACAAACGCUUGAAACGAGUACAAAUGAUGCUGCCCACCAGUCCCACACACUAUGCUCAACCUCCGACGCCUGAUCAUCCACCACCUUCUGCUAUGCAAGCUGAGAAAUCUAUUCAUGAAAGGAUUCGUCCUUUGAGUCAGGUAUACAAACGGCGGUCACGCGACAUGGAAACGGAAACCGACGAGGAUUUAUUGCAGUUUCCGGCCAGCGGCUCUCUGGACGCCAGCAGUGGAUCGUUAUCGAGCGUGUCUCUGUCCGACAAGAGCAUGUCAACGGACAACGUGGAGGAAUACUUCGGGGAUGUGCCGUUCGCAGGUUUGUUGAAAGGGUCUGUGACGGCUGAGCGACCGCGCACCCUGCGCCGGCUGCGUAACGUUUACGGGCCAUCCGCAUGCGGAAUGGGAACCGGAGGUGAUGGGGGCGGAGGCGGAGAACGUCUCGAAGACGGAGAGGUGUCGUUCAGAUUGUCGGAUCGCGAUCGUGAAAGGGACGAGAAGUCCCUCAGCAUAAUGAGCCCUUUCGACGAGCAGGAGGAGUGGGCCAAGAUUUCAGAGAUCAUGGCGUCGAUCGGCACGGGCCUCGUCAGGGAGUCGGUCUUCGUCACCGAGCUGGAGAAGGAGUUCCAGACGAGACUAGGCUUGAGCUCGGACACUAGUAGCAGCCCUAUUGUCUCCACUUCCGUUGGUCAAUGGCUGUCGACGCUGGGACUGGCCGAUUACGAGACCCUCUUCAUCAACUAUGGAUUCGACGACCUGGAUUUCAUAAACGGGGUUUUGGACGAGGCCGAUCUGAAAGAUAUGGAGAUCACGAGCGAUCAAGAGCGGGCCGUGAUAAUGGACGCGGUCGGUUUGUUGAACAAACGCUUGGACAAACGAUCCAACGUUCAAUCGGUGGACGAGUGGUUGAAGAGCAUUCAUUUGGAAAAUUACGCGGAAACCUUCAAAAAGCAUUUGUACACGGAUAUGGAGCGCGUGAGGUGCGUGUGGGAGGUCGAAUUGGCGACCGUGCUCGAGAUCCAGAAGCCAGCGCACCGUAAGAGGAUCCUCGCGUCUGUCAGUGGAUCGAGCGCGCGUGCGCAGAAUCGUAACUGCGCCGGGCCCAACUUGGAGGAUCUCAAUAAGGAUUUGAACACGUUGAAGUCGAACAUACAGCAGCUGAAGGAGGAGAUACGGGAGAAGCUGCCGGAAACAACGACGGAGGGUAAUGGCGGUACGUCGAUAACCGGAACGAAUUCGACCGGCACGAGCACAUUAAGGCAUCGCAAAAACAGGCCGGCUCCGCAGCCACCCCAACGACCCAGUUCGCAUAAUGGGGCGAUCUCGGCACCGGAACAACUCGAGAUCAGGGCACCGUCAGAGCUGCUCCUCGGUGUCCCGUCCACCCUCAAGACGCAAUGGAGGCACCAGCCAAAAGCUCUAGUCACCGGCUGCGUCACGUACGUCGCCAACUAUCUGGGUUCCACUGUGGUGAAGGAGUUACGCGGUACUGAGUCGACAAAGAAAUCGAUACAAAAGCUGAAGAAAACUUGCCGCGAACCUAGAGUCACCCCUGACAUCACUUUGGCGAUUUCUUAUCGUGGCGUUCGAUUCCUCAACACAGUGACUAAUGAGCCGAUUUGCGAGCACGAAAUUCGCAACAUUCACUGCGCCUGUCAGGAUGCCGACGAUCUCACGCAUUUCGCAUAUAUUACCAAGGACCACGCCAGCCGUACGCAUUUCUGCCAUGUAUUUUGCGUACCAACAAUGGACCAAGCAACGGAGGUGAUCCUAACCUUAGGCCAGGCGUUUGAAGUAGCUUAUCAGAUGGCGUUGCGGGACAAACUUGGCAAUCAUACAGUACGAUCGCAAUCGGCUAACCAACUCACAACAUUUUCAAAAUCAACUGUAUCCACUAAGAUACCAAUUUCGCCAGAUUCCGCGCUCGAUACUGGUCGUGAAAUACUUGAUCAAUCUGCAACCCCUAUUCUUAACGUGAACUCGAUGAACCCAAAGCCGAAACCUCGUUCCAAAUCGUCCAUUCCUAAUCCUGUAAUGCAAUCCACGGCGACCAAUCAAACGCAAGAUGCAAAUUCUAACUCGAGUUCCCUUUCAAGCGGUACUGUGAACUGUAGUUCGAGUUCGAACUCCGCGACUAGUCCUAGUACGAAUUCUGUGAGCAGCUCAAAUUCGAAUACAAGCACUAAUCAGACAGCGAAACCGCUUAUUACGCAUGGUAGGUCCCAUUCGGUGAAUGAUAUUAAAGUGAACGGCAACCAAUUGAAGUUGGCUCCAGCACCAGUUGAUGACAUCGGAAUCGGUGUGAAGGAUAUGAAACCCGGCUCUAGAGCACCCAUCGCUCUGUCUGAAGAAUUGUAAAAAAUCUAUGAUCCAUUGUUUUUUGGAUCUUCAUUGUCGUUUGUUUGAGAAGUUAGGUUUCGAAAACGCUUCGACGAUCUUUGCUUUGAUCGUUGACAAACUCGCGCGAUUAGGCAAGGCUCUUGCUUUUUCUUUGUGAACUUUUAGAGAUUAUGAUAUUGAUAUGAAUAUUGAAGGAAAUCUGACAAGUGCUUGUUUGACAAGUGUACUAUUUGAAAUAUUAGUGCAAUGUUGAAAAUAUCGUGAAACAACUGUUUUUCGGAGAAAAGUUUGGAAAUUCGUAAUUGUGAGGUUAAAAAAAGUAUAUAUCCAAUCGUGCAAAUUGAUCUUCGUAUCAGAACAUCAGUCGAAUUUUUUAUAAAAUAAUAUUAUAAAAUCUAGUUGAGAUUUUAAUGUUGGGAUGAGAAGUCGAAUUGAAUAAUACACGCGAAAUAGGGGAUCGCGCAAAGCAUUUGUGGUUUUUAUCUCUUGAAAUUUUGUAGUACUAUUCUAAACAGACAUAAUUGUGACAGAUUGAAUGGUUAUUUCAUUUUGAAAUAAAUGGUACAGGUUUGAUAACGACUCAGGUAAGUGAAAGACAAAUCCAAUCAUUUUGCCAAAUUCUUGAUCAGCUAUGACACUGUGAUUUUCUACAUCGAGGGCAUUAAUAAAUCGACAAAAGACAAUUAUAUGCUCAUUCUUUACAUAUUAUAUUCAUGUUUGUGCAACGAGAAAAUGAAAAAGAAAAGAUAUUAAUAAUAAUAAAAUAGAAAAACAACGAAGUUUGAAAAUUCCCGUUUCACUAUAUCUCGUUGGACGAACCAUGAUUAUUGUAAACAGUAUUAUUUGAUGAAAAUGACUCUUUAUGAAAUAAGAUUCGAUGUUUUGUCGAUAAGAAAGAGCGUGACUAACAUCACAUUGACGUCUCGCCUAAAGUAAUUUUAAAAUAAUUUAAAAAAAACAAAAAAAAAAAAAAGAAUUAACAAAAUAACACGAUUUUUUUCGAAAGAUUCAAGUUUCCCAUUGCAUAUACAUUUAUAAUUUAAUAUUGCAUUUAAAAUGGCACUUAUAUACAUACGAACAUUCCCAUAAAAGAAUAUACAGGUGAGUUGAUAAAUUUGCGAAUGCUCAAUUUUGAUCGCGUGCAAUCAAUUAAAAAAAAAAAAAAAAAAAUGAAUUGACUGAUGAGAUUUAGAGGCUGAAUCAUUUUUCUUUGAACCGUGGAUGGCUUAAUACCACGAUCGAUUCGUUUUUCCAUAAUAUUAUCAUCCCUCGUUCGAUUCGUUACUGUUUUUUCGACAUCUUUAUCUCCCAAGACUGAUGGUCCUUAUUUCGUUUUAUAUUUUUCACAUGUUCGGCAUUUAUGUAUAUUACAUGUACAUAGACAUACAUAUGUACACAAAAAUUGCACGUAUUGAUUAUUGUAAAAUAAAAAAAAACGAAAAAGAAAAAAAAGGAUCGGACAGAAAAACUUUAAAUUAAUGUGUAUUUAUCAUAUGCUAAUUUGACGAACCUCGCGAUUAGAAAACGAAUAUUAUACUAUGAAACAGUACCAAAUAUUUAUCUAUUUAUAUAUUUAAGUACUCGAUGGGAAUCUUCGAAGAGAAAGAUUUUGUCUUCAAUAUAAGUUGAUUUUUAACGUGACGAUAUUAAAAAAUGAAUAUUAAAAAUAAUUCUAUGGCGUAGCUGAUCGGUUCGAGGCUUAAAUAUUAGGGUUCAUUCUGAAUUGACAAAAUGUGUCAUAAUAGAAUAUUAUUACUAACUAAACAUAUAGUAUUUUUUUUUCUGGUAACUUUGUUAUGGAGCAGGCCUAAAAGACCUUGUAUGUAGUUGUUGAAUCAUAGUAAUAAAUGAGAGCAUGUAUUCGCCAAUCACGAACCGUUUCGAAAAAUGGGGAAAAUAACAUGCGCGAGCUCAAGAAACUCGUCAAGAUGUCGGUUGAGCAAUGGCGUCCUGGAGUGUACACAACGCGUAGAUUUCGUAGUGAAACCAAAGAUUGCAUUGUAUAUAAAGAAGGCGAUAUUAAUCUCGAUAUUAACGUGGAAAGCAGGGGGAAGAUGGAAUGAAGAAUCCAUUUCGAAAGUGAUACAGGAGUGAGAGAUAUUAGGACGAGUGGAACAUGAGAAACUGCCAAAUAACACACCACCAUUACCAAGUACGCACACUUUGUAUUUAUCACAUUUAAAAUUAUAGAUAGCGCUAUUCAUACGUAUAUAUAAAAUUAAGUGUUAAAAUGUUGCGGCAGAGACGAAAUUCGUGAACGAUAUGAUACAGUCAUUUUGAAAUAUGGUUCGUCGUAUAUAAUCCAUACUUCGUGAGUUCGUAUUUGCGAAUUAUAGUGCAGCUAUGUAGGAUUGUAGAAAUUCAAAGUAGAGCAUGCUUCCUCGAUGUGUGUCGAUAAAUUCGAGAGAAUGGCGGAAAGAAUCGAGAAGUGUUCGGAUCGAUAUAGAAUCGAUUAAAGGGGUUAUUCGUGUUGGCUUUGAUGUUUCGUAAUGGCAUUGGGUUUUCGAAAAGCGUGUUCGACUAAAAUGAAAAGUGAGUUCCAUAGAAGAUUGAUCUAUUUGGUUAUGUGUCUGGGGAAAAAGUAUACGUAUAAUAUAUCGGAAAAGAGAAAAAGAUAUUAAAAGAUUCGAUAUUGAUUGGUAACGAGGAUUAUUAACGAUGGUGUAUUGCGUAGUAUCAAAUAAAUUACGAUAAAUUAGUAGUAAAAUUUGAAAACGUAGUACUACGUACUAGAAUAUAGUUGUGACAAAAUUUUGAUGCUGCGUAGUUUGUAGUCGAUAGUGUGUGUCUUUUUUCGACCAAGUUUCGACGUUUAUGGUUAUGAAACGUACUACUACGUAUUUCGAACAUUUUGAGAAAGAUAUAUAUUUGAAGAAAAGCGUAUUAAAAUGUCCUUUCGUAGAUUUAUACUUUCGUAAGAUUUUUUCUUGCUUUUUAUUCUAUACAAAUUGCGUAGAGUGGUUCGUGUAAAGUAAUAUAGAGAAUUAUAUUUUAAGAUAUUUUACAUGGAAUUUUUUCUUUUUAAUCUAUAAUAUAAAGAAACUAAAGUGGCUCUUGUAAAAUUUUGCAUACACAAGUAGUCGUACUUCACUAUGCAUGCUCAAACGUUCGAUAUCGUAUUUGCCAAUGACAAGUGUUCUAAAACAUUUUAUUAUAUACAUUUACAUAACAUAACAUAAAUAAUUAACAUAAUAACCAACGAAAAACAUUAAUUCAUUGCUUGUUUUACUUUAUACGAAUCACUUCAUACUUCA